AUGGUACUCGUCUUGCGGGACGCUCAUGAGGCAGAGACCUUCCUGGACAUGGAGGACGACCGUCCGACGGAGUCCUUGGCGAACCAGCUCCAGCGAAUGCGAGCGGAGCUCACCGCGGCCUACCGCAAGAUGGACGAGCAGCAGCGUGCCAUCGCAGCCCACGAUGACCGCGUCAAGAGUGUCGAGGACGGACGACGUCGGGACUCGGCUUUGCGCUUGUGGCGGGUGUCGACGGUCGCUGCCGUGUCCCGACGUCGUCCGUCUUCGACGCUCUUGACGCGGUCAUCGUGGGUUGCGAUGGCGCGCUGUUGCUCGUCCAUCUUGCGGUAG